GCAGGCUGCAGGGAGGAGGUGGCCCAGCUGCCCGCCGCGCCGCUCCUGCUCGCUCCAGCCCGCCCCUGAAGGUGCCAUGACUCAGCAGCCCCGGGAGGGCUUCGACCGCAGCGCGGAGGACGCGGAGGCCUGGAUGGCGGCCGUGCAGGAGCAGCUGCAGGUCAACGACGACACCCGUGGGCCCCGCGCCGCCCUGGAGGCCAGGCUGCAGGAGACCGAGAAAAUCUGUCAGCGGGAGCCCGAGGGGCGCGUGAAGGUGGAUGUGGUGUUGCGGGCGGCCGAGGCGCUCCUGGCGUGCUGCCCUGAGGACCAGAAGCCGGAGAUCCUGGCCCGGCUGAAGGACAUCAAGGCCCAGUGGGAGGAGACCGUCACCUAUAUGACCCACUGUCACAGCCGCAUCGAGUGGGUGUGGCUGCACUGGAGCGAGUACCUGCUGGCCCGGGACGAGUUCUACCGCUGGUUCCAGAAGAUGACGGUCACUUUGGAGCCCCAGGUGGAGCUGCAGCUGGGCCUGAAGGAGAAGCAGUGGCAGCUGGGCCACGCCCAGGUGCUGCUGCACAACGUGGACAACCAGGCCGUGCUCCUGGACCGGCUGCUGGAGGAGGCGGGCUCCCUGUUCAACAGGAUCGGGGACCCCAGCGUGGACGAAGAGGCCCAGAAGAGGAUGAAGGCCGAGUACGACGCAGUGAGGGCCAAAGCCCAGGACCGGGUGGACGUGCUGGAGCGGGUGGCCCAGGAGCACGAGCAGUACCAGGCGAGCGUGGAGGAGUUCCAGCUGUGGCUGAGGGCCGUGGUGGAGAAGGUGCACGGCUGCAUGGGGCGGGGCUGCACGCUGCCGGCCACGCUCCGCCUCUCCGCGCUGCAGGACAUCGCCAAGGACUUCCCCCGGGGCCAGGAGUCUCUGAGGAGGCUGCAGGAGCAGUCGGAGGGCGUCAUUCAGAACACCUCUCCUCUGGGCGCGGAGAAGAUCCUGGGAGAACUGGAGGAGAUGCGGAAGGUCCUGGAGAAGCUGCGMGGCCUCUGGGAGGAGGAGGAGGAGCGGCUGCAGGGACUGCUCUCGUCCAGGGGGGCCUGUGAGCGGCAGAUUGGGCUGCUGGAGGCCGAGCUUGGAGAGUUCCAGAAGGGACUUCAGAGGCUGGCCCAGGAGGGCCUGGAGCCUGCAGGGAAGGAGGCAGGGACCGAGGACGAGCUGGUGGCCCGCUGGAGGCUGUACUCGGCAACACGGGCAGCGCUGGCCUCCGAGGAGCCCCGGGUGGCCUGGCUACAGGCCCAGCUGAAGGACCUUGUGGCCUUUCCCGACCUGCAGCCGCUCUCCGACAGCGUGGUGGCCGCCAUCCAGGAGUACCAGAGCAUGAAGGGGAAGAGCACCAGGCUCCGCAAUGCCACGGGGGUGGAGCUGUGGCAGGGCUUCCAGCGUCCCCUGCAGGGCCUGCAGCUGUGGAGGGCGCUGGCCCAGCGGCUCCUGGGGGUCACCGCCAGCCUGCCAGACCUGCCCUCCAUCCACACCUUCCUGCCCCAGAUCGAGGCGGCCCUGGCAGAAAGCUCCCGCCUCAAAGAGCAGCUGGCGAUGCUGCAGCUGAAGACGGACCUGCUGAGCAGCAUCUUCGGCCCAGAGCAAGCCAGCGCCCUCCUGGAGCAGGUGGCGAGUUCCGUGAGGGACAGGGACCUGCUGCAUAACAGCCUCCUGCAGAGGAAGAGCAAGCUGCAGAGUUUGCUUGAUCAGCACAAGGACUUUGGGGCUGCUUUUGAACCCCUACAGAGGAAGCUCUUAGACCUCCAAGUUAGAAUCCAAGCUGAGAAAGGGCUUCAGCGGGACCUUCCUGGAAAACAGGCCCAGCUCUUGAGGUUGCAGGGGCUGCAGGAAGAGGGGCUGGAGCUGGGCCUGCAGAUCGAAGCCAUGCAGCCUCUUGUCCAGGGGAACCCCAACCACCAGCACAAGAUGGACCAGCUUACUUCUGACCACCAGGCCCUGCAGAGGCCCCUGGAGGACCUCGUGGACAGGUGUCGGCAGAGCGUGCGGGAGCACUGCACCUUCAGCCACCAGCUGCAGGAGCUGCGGCAGUGGGUCACUGUGGUCACACAGCUACUGGAGUCACACCAGCGGGACGUGGGCCCGUGGGAUGCUGCGUCCCGGGAGGCCGAGGUGGAGAGGCUGCUGGCUGACCUCCCUGAGAAGGAGGCCCAGCUGCCCCUGGUCGAGGCGCACGGCCAGCUGGUGAUGGAGAAGUCUUCUCCUGAGGGGGCGGCCUUGGUCCAGGCGGAGCUACAGGAGCUGGCGGAGGCUUGGCGGGCCCUGAGGCUGCUGGAGGAGCACCUACUGAGCCUCAUCAGAAGCCAGCAGCUGCAGAGUACAGAGGUGGACACCGGGAAGAGGCUGGUCUUCACCAACAACAUCCCGAAGUCUGGGUAUCUCAUCAACCCCAUGGACCCCGUGCCCAGGCGUCGUCGUGGGGCCCACCUGCUGGAGGAAGAAGGAGGCAGCCAUGAAGAUUUCCCCCAGCUCCUGAGGAACUUUGAGCAKUGGCUCCAGGUAGAAAACUCCAAGCUGGUUCGAACCAUUGCCAUGAGAACCAGCACCGCCAAGGACUUGAGGACCAGAGAGACGAAGCUGCAGGAGCUAGAGGCUCGAGUGCCCACAGGUCAGCAUCUAUUCGAGAACCUCCUUCGUCUUGGGCCAGCCAGGGGCACYUCGGACGAGCUGGAGGAUCUGCGUUACCGCUGGAUGCUGUACAAGUCCAAGCUCAAGGACUCCAGCCACCUGCUGUYGCUGAGUUCUCCCGGGGACCCCACUGGAUUCCAAAAGACGCAGCGGAGGCGGCGGUGGCGGUGUGGGCUCCUCCGGAAGGCCUGCUKCGUGGCGCUCCCGCUGCAGAUGCUGUUCCUGCUCUUCCUGCUCCUGCUCCUCCUGCUCCCGGUGGGGGAAGAGGACCGCAGCUGCACCCAGGCCAACAACUUCGCCCGCUCUUUCGCGUUCAUGCUGCGCUAUAGUGGCCCUCCGCCCACCUAGCCCACUGGGGCACACAGGUGACGUCCUUUCCCAACCGCCAGCAGUCCCAGGGCCCCUCCUGAGGUUGCCUGCUGGGGAACCUGGAACCGGGCAGGCCAGAGACCACAGAGCUGCCUGGACAUAAACCCCGCGCCAGGGUUUCCAGAACAAACUCGCUUUUUAUACAGCGUUGUCAUCGUCUGUGUAUACCUAAAUGUGUCUGCGUAUGACUCGGGACAACGUCUAGGACUUCUAUAUACACCUGUGUAAAUGCUCAGUAUGUCCAGCUUCCUACCUGAUGUCUCUCUAGUCAGCAAGGUUCCUAUCAGUAUCCUUCUCCAGGGGGACUUUGUGGCCUUUGUGCCUUGGCCUGCCAUCGGCCCUGACAAGCAGGAGUAGUACACAACACGUUAUGACAAACUCUCACCCAGAAGCCAGUCCCCAACCCAGGUGUCAGAGCUGUGAGCACAGGAGAGCAGAGCAGACCCUCGCUCGCUGGGAGCUCAGGACUCUAGCUUUACGCAGGAUGAGAGCAAACAUGCUGACUUGGUCUUAAAGCCUGGAGGAGAAGGUGGAGAGAGUGAGGGUGGGAGAGGGCACCGUGGGGGCAGUGGGGGGUGGAAGAGGUGUGACAUUCAGGGAGGCAGGGACGAACCCUGAAGGGCAGACACAGAACUAGGAGAGCACAGCGUAAGGGGGCACUGAGCAAGGGUGGCACCAAGUGCCGGCGUUCUGAGAGCACAGACCCACAGCGGGUGUCCCUGGAGUGUUCUGGACGGGCUUAGAUUUGGUCUGUGUCUAGUUCAGGAAGAAGGGAAGGACAUAGGCUUUACUUUUUAUUUAUACUGGAGGGUGAAAUGCUCCAGGUAGCAGCCCCGGCAGCUGCAGGGAGAGUUGUGUGACCUCUGCAGCCGUGGGACUGAGUGUUGCCACCUAGAAGCUGAGCUGAAGGUGAGCUUUGGCCACACUGGGGGUAGGGACAGAGGGUCCAACACAGACAAGACUCAACCUCGGAGUGCAGCCUGUCCAAAGGGUGCUCCUUCCCACAGGGGCACUGGAGGCAGCCAGGUCCCUGGACCAUGAAUCUCUCACCUGCACCCCGCUGGGGUCCCAGGGCCCAGGUCACCAGCGUGGCCUUUGGACCAGGUCUAGGCACGUGGGCUCCAUGCACUACCUGGGUUGUGGCCAAGGUGACUCCAUGUUGGGUCCCAGAGCCAGAAAUACCUCUUCCUCCCAGGGGAUUCUGGGAUGGAUCCUAAGUGCCUUCAAAGUGGAUCACGUUUCCAUAAAUGGACACUAAAUUUUAUUUUUUAAAGAAAAUAUUUAGUGUUCAUUCUUUACAAACAGAUUUUAUCUAUUUAUAAAUAUUUUAUCUAUUUGCUCAACUGCUAGCAGGAGGCCAGCGGAGUGGUAUCAGACUUGGAAUCAUGAAGUAUUGUAGACACGGGGGAACUUUAAGCAGAGGGGAAACCGAGGCCCAAGAGAGCCCUGAGCCCCAGACCACUGCUGUCGCACACAGGCUGGCCCCCACCCCCCAGCAUGGGCCUGGCCGUGGUGCAGCAGUCCUCAUGGGGCCCUGGCUAGGAGGAGCUGGGCAUCUGCAGGGCAGGCAAACUGUGCUGGGGACACUCCAGGCACUGACUCCCCUCCAGAUGUUUGGGAACCAGUCACAAAGGCUGCUCUCAGUAGGCGGCCACUUUACUGGAAAGUCAGGGGCUAGGUGAACUUGGGGCUCAGGCCAGGCAGCCAAGCACACAUGCUCCCUAGUCAUCUGCUCCAGCCCUAGAUGCUCACUGGUUAAUUGGUCCAGCCCUAGGCCACAGCGGAGGACCCUGACUGCUCCCAUCUGAACUCUCCCACUUCACAGGCAAGAAAUCUGAGGCCUGGAAAGGGAAAGUAACUCACCCAAGGCCACACAGCAAGAGGCUGGGCCAAAGCUGAACCAGUCACCAUGGUCCUCAGGCAGUGCCCUGCUCAGUUUAACACAAUCCCCCCACAUUGGUACCUUCAAAAAGAAAGAGCCAGGCUGAGUUGCAGCUCAGGGGUAGAGCAUUUGCCUGGCACAUGUGAGCCUGUUUCAAUUCCCAGCACUACCAGAAAAAAAAAUGUUUAUCAUGAAUAUAAUUUUGUCUCAGGUGCCCCAUGUUGGGGGUGGGGACAGGGAGUGCAAUAUGAGGCUUGGCUGGSGGGAAUGUCUCCCUAUAUUUUUAAACAUUGAUAACGAUGCCAUAAAAAUUUACUUGUUUGCACAACUCUUAUUUUUAAAGAGAGAAUCGAUAUUUUCCUUACUUUCAUAUAAACACAGGCAUGAUAUAACGGCCCAUGAACAGGCGCUUCAACAUGUCGUCUCUUGUGCUUAGAGUGGGUGUGGACAGCGGUUAUGUUYCUGCUACUUUCUAGCCUCUUUAACAACAGCUACCAGGAGUCUCAGGUGCCAUUUGAGAAGAAUGUUGCGUGGAACCUGUGUGUGUCUUGUCCCUCUGUCCCAAAGAGAGAGCUCCUAGAGUGGAUGGUAACAUGUGACUAUCACGGCCCAGCCCGGAGGCGAGUGUGUGUGUGUGUGUGUGUGUGCGCGCGUGUAAAAAGUGGGCAAGGCCGAUGCCCUUAGCUCCUCCCCUCACCUGUCCCCAACCCUGCUCUUUUCUUCAUCCAGCAAGUUCAGGAUCCAGAUGUUUCUAAAGCAAGGCUGUGAGUGGGUGGGCAGGCAGGUAAGGACAGCCAGGGAGGCCGGAGGUAACCUGGAGGUGACCUUUGGUUUGGCACCUGGCCCCUUGGUAGGCACCUGUCAACUGUGCUCUGUCACCCUCCAGAGGUUCCACAGUACUCUACCUCUAGGUUUGAGAUGAGAAAGCAGAGUGUGAAGAUAAACUUUUGUGCACACCGCAGAGGGAUUUGAACUAGGCUGUCUGAUCCUGAAGUCCGUGCUGGGGGGAGAGGGUCCCUGGCGGGUCCUGCCAGGUGCAGCGCUGCAGCCUCGGGAGUGGCCCUCUGCUGUCAGCUCAGCUGGGAUGGGCCAGAGCGAGCUUCUGUGCCAGUUUUCUGAAGACUGGCCCUUUGCUCCAAGAGGUCACCUGCGAUCAUCUUCACAUCCCUUUGAGAGGUGGGACUUUCCACCCAGCUGGUCACUGAGCCCCUCUUCAGCCUACCAGGAGGCCCAGUCCCGAGUGACCCAACCCUGCAGCCCCAGUGACAGGGGAAGAAACUAGAGCUCGUGUUUGCUGAGCUACAUUAAAAUCCAGAGGCCGGUGUGUCUCCUGGGUGCAGAGGAAGUGGGUGCUGGAUGGAGUGACCCAGCUCCGUCUCUCAGCCCCUAUUUGCCUGAGACUCCCCAGGAGGACGGGGGGGGGUGUUAGGAGACAGUUGUCCCUGGACAGCUCCAGGAGAAGGAAGCUGGGGUCCUCUGGGGAGCCGAUGACAGGGCCCUGAUGUAGGGCCGCUAGCAGAAGGUGCUGAGAGGUGGCACAGAUGGUCCUCUGCUCAUUUGAUUGGAGCUGGGGCCAGAUGGGGAGGCUUGGCAGGGGCUUCAGGGGGCUGCAGUUGACUGGUCUGGCUGGAGAAGACCGACCGAGAAGUGGGAGAGAGGGAGUCAGCAGUGGAAUGAUGUUGGGCUUGGUGCUGCUGACUGUGCCCCAAAGUGGUUAAGAUGCUGAGGAGAGAGAGAGAGAGAGAGAGAGAGAGAGAGAGAGAGAGAGAGAGAGAGAGAGAGA